GAUGACAGGGACCUGCGCUCAGCAGGCUGGUCACAUGUGAGGGUGGCCAGGCUGGCACUGACACAGACUUCGCAGUGCACGGGGCUCGCCUGGGGUUUGCAGGCUUGGCAGGGAAACAGUUACGUGCCCAAAGGCCUUAGGAGUUGGGGCGCGGGUCUGUUUGGACAUGCGCACUGGGGAGCUCCAGCUACACUAAGGGGAGGAGCGUCACCUGGAGGCCUCAUGGCUAAGCCGCCCACGGGGUGUCUGGGCCCGAUGUAGGCCGGUUCGAGGGACGAGACCAUGUGGGUGUCCGUUGGCGCAGGCUCAUUGGGGUUACACAGCGCUCCGAGGUGUGGAGCUUCGUAAGGGGGGCGCCCGUUGGCUGGAGAGCCUGAGGCUCUGUCAGCGGGAACCAAUCACGGGUCAGGAGGCAUUCCCAGGGGUCUGUUUGCGCAGGCGCUCUGGGAAUCACGAGUUGCAGGGGGCGCUAGGGGGCUGAGUUUUGCGAGGGAACGUCUUGUUCUUCCCCAGCUCGUAGGGAGGGUGGAAGCGGUUCUAGAUGGAGUCUGACGCAGAUGGAGGAGGAGACAUGAGGGCGGCAGACGAAGGUGCAGGUGCCGCGGCCGAUGUAGUGGAAGCAGCAUGUGGUGGCCAGGGCGACCCCGGUGACCCGGUCAGUCCUGGCGACGCUGGCGACCCCGGCGUCGCAGGAGAGGCAGGUGGUGCAGCCGGUGACCUUGUGCAGAUCCAGUGGUCACGCCACGCAGCAGGGCCACGUGGAGACGCAGCAGCCGGGGCCGGAGGUCCGGGUGAGCAGGAGCUACAGUGCAUCCUUACUGUGCUUUUCCCAUCGCGCAUGGAUGCGCAGGUCGCCCACCAGUUGCUGACUGUAUACUUUCCAGUCCCAGAGCCCAUGCAGGAGGAGCUCAACGUGGAGGGCCGCGUCCUGGUCAUCCGAUUGACUGCUGAAGACCUUGGCCACCUCCGAGCUUCCGUCACCUUCUGUCUGAGCCAGCUUUCCCAGGUGGUUCAGAUCUUGCGGCGUCUUGUGCCCCCCUUUUAUGCUCAGCCUCAUCAGGCCACAGGGGGCUAACCGUAACUUAUGUGUCCUGUCCUUGGUGCGCUUCCCUAGGGCAUCGCUUUCUCCAGCGGUCGCCCCUUUGUUGUUGUGCCUUCGCGUUCGGCCCUUGGGCGCUCAGGGCCCACGUAUCUUGUUUGGUGAUUAAAUGUUAACCGCGGAAAAUAAACCUGAGCUGCUGUUCUGUGUCUGAGUUUAGUUUUAGCUUCUGCACCUCCUAAUAUUCUUGCAUUUGUCUUCAGGUUGGAGGGGAGGACUGGGAUCCAGCUAUUCGAGUAGUACACGUAAUUGAAGACAAUGUCAAGAAGUAGAACAAAAAAUUGUGUCCUGCCAUUCAGUGUUAAUUUUGGAAUAUUUUCUUAGUUGUCUAGUUACAUUUGUAUAUUAACAUAUAACGGCAGAAUGCUAAGUAGGAACUUGUGGCUUACUGACCUCGUUUCAGAUCUGCAAAGAAAAGUGCUGGGGCAGUUGGUUAAGUGUUUGGGGUGAGGUAAUUAGCUCCCUCUAAAACAGCUUGUAUUCUGCAACCUUGCUAAACUCACUAGUUGAUAGUAAUAGCUCUUUUUAGA